AUGGUGCGCAGCCCUCACCUGUGGAUUUGUGCGAUCACACUGCCAGCCUUGGCGAUGGUGAUUGACAUCUCAAAGGCCCAUUUGCUGAAUGAAUUCUACCCAGAUCGUGCUGCGUUGGUGGUCGAGCAGUUGAUGCUGAAGACCAAGGAGGAUGAAGUGGACGUGGAGCAGCCCAUUGUCAGGAGCCUCCCGCUGCGGAGCCGUUUGGUCACGCGUCGCCUGUCAAGCUAUGACUUCGCUCACCCGGGAGGACCACCGAGGCAUCUCCGGGACUUCGUCAAUCCACAUCCGACGGCAGGCGAUUUGUCUUUGAUUGAAUCGGGGGAGAGGUCGCAUGGGUCGCAAGCCUUUGAGACGGGAAGGACUCUCGGCAACUCCAUCACGCGGGCUCUAGAGGAGUCGCAUUCCGAGGAGGACUCACAAAGUGAGGCUGGCCCAUUGAACCUCCCGGACGGUUCAGGCUUCGCGCAACAGAAGAUUCCUCACAUUCAAGUGGAAUGGAAUGCUUGUAAGGUGAUCAGCGCGGCCGGCGGUGUGGGAGUAAUGCUUUUCGCCUUGAGCAUGCUGCUGAGCCAGCUGGGGCAGCAGGCCGUGGAGGUGUCCAUCCACUACAGCUUGGAGAGACACAGCUCAGUGCCCUUCGCAGAAGCUGGGCGGAAGGUGCUCCCGGCACCGUGCCAAGCGGAAGUCUGCACCUUGGAGCUGCUGGUGCCCGAGGACAUGCCAGCUCCGAUUCACGUGAUGUACCACUUGGAUCCGUUCUACCAAAACUACCCGAACUACAUCCAAUCAGGCAGCCGGAAGGGCGCCUGGCCACAGUUGACAGGCAAGAUCCUAAGUGGAGACGAGCUGAGAAAGCAUUGCCCCGUGACGGCCACCCGAGAAUCUGCUCAUGGGAGCUUUUUCCCUUGUGGCUUGCAGGCUGGGAGCUUCUUCAACGAUACCUUCAAGCUGAGACGGGCUAAGGAUCUCAAGGAACUCUUCAUCAAUGAGAGUUCUGUGGCUCGAGAAGACGACCUGAAGAGGAUGCGAAAUCCUCCGGGCUAUCCACAUGGUGAGGAUAUGGAAUGGCUCUUCAUGCGCUACCCAGAGGUCAUCUCGUUGGCCGAAGGGGUCAAGAACCAGCGCUUUGCCGAAUGGAUGAGGCCAUCCGCCUUACCGAGCGUGCUGAAGCGUAUCGGCCAGCUGGACGAGCCCCUCAGCAAGGGUGAGACCAUCCUGGUUGAGAUAGGCCUCAGAUUUCCCGCGUCGACCAUCGAUGUGGAGAAGGAGCUCGUCCUCCUAAGUCCAAGCCCUAUCGGGGGAAGCUCACAUGCGCUCAGCCGCUUUCUUUUGUAUGCCAGUGCUUCGUGCUGGGUUCUUGCUCUGAUCGUCUUGCUCUGCGAGAAGUGUUGCAAGCGUCCGCUGGGACAUCCACGCUUCGAGCGCAUGCGCAUUGCCCAGGACUCGGAGAGCAGCGAAAGUGAUGGUGCAGUGUAA